AUGUCGGCUUAUACCCAGCAAGGCAGCGACGCGCUGCACCGUGCUUGCGCACAGUCCUUCUUGUCGUGGCUACGCCAGGCCUGGCACGACCUGCGCACCCAUGGCGAACUGCCUGUGACGAGCCUGAGCCAUGUCCGCGAGGCCGGUGUGCAUGUCGAGCUAAUCCAGACCAUCACGAAUCUGCGUACCCCUACCCUGGCCUACGCAAAUGCGCGCUCGCUCACACGCCAGAUCCAUUUGCACGUGGGUCCGACAAACUCGGGCAAGACGCACGGGGCGCUGGUCGCUCUGACGCGCGCACGCACUGGCCUCUACGCGGGCCCGCUGCGCCUGCUCGCGCAUGAGGUGUGGGAGCGAAUCAAUCAUGGCGCUGUGGCGGCGGAUAUUGCGCCGCGCGCUUGCAAUUUGCGUACGGGCGAGGAGCUGCGGGUCGUCGACGAGUAUGCAGGCCUUGUAUCAUGCACGGUGGAGAUGGCUGACGUCACACGCUCAUACGAUGUUGCUGUGAUCGAUGAGAUCCAGAUGAUUGCAGACCCCCAGCGCGGCUUUGCGUGGACGCAAGCUGUGCUGGGCCUUCCGGCCAAGGAACUACACCUGUGUGGCGAGGCGAGCGCGGUGCCACUGAUCCGCCGCCUCGUCGAGCUGUGUGGUGAUGAGCUGCACUUGCAUGAAUACGAGCGCCUGACACCGCUGCAUGUCGCGCCGCAGAGCCUCCGUGGCGACCUGUCCCGCGUGGAGCGCGGCGAUUGCGUGGUGGCCUUCAGCCGGUCUGGCAUCUUUGCGCUGAAAGAGCUCAUCGAGGCCAAGACAGGCCUGCAUUGCGCGGUGGCCUAUGGUGCUCUGCCACCUGAGACGAAGAGUGAGCAGGCGAAGCUGUUUAAUGCGGGAAAGCUCGAUGUCAUGGUCGCCAGCGACGCGAUCGGCAUGGGCCUGAACCUCAAAAUCAAACGCGUCAUCUUUGACACGCUGAGCAAGUGGAACGGCACGGAGCGGGUCCCCCUAUCUUUAUCGCAAAUCAAACAAAUCGCUGGCCGUGCAGGACGCUACGGGACUGCACGCGGCACAGAGGAGACACCAGGUGGAUUCGUGCUCACACGGCAUGAGGACGAGAUGGACACGCUGCGGACUGCGCUCGCCGCGCCACCGAUGAGCCGGCAGCUGGAGGACCUCUCGCUCCUGCUUCCCCGCGUGCGCACACGGACUAAGCACCGCCGCCUAAAAACCCGACAGGACUAUGCCGUGUCGACCCUGUACGACGACUUUCAUGCGCUGGCAAACGUGGAUGCCCGUGCAUUUACACUGGCCGAUUUUGAUACACAGCAGGCCAUGUCGCCUAUCAUCGAGCAGCGGGGUGGUGACCGCCUGACGCACGCCGAGAAGGAAAAGUGGUCUAACACACCUGUGAAUAUGCGUGACGAGCGAGCCGUCGCGUGGGUAGGCCAUGCCAUUGAGCUGUACGCGCGUGGCGAGCUCGUGGAGUUUGAAGCGUGUGCGCGCCACCUGGGCACGAUCGAGGCGGAGCAGGCGGUGGCUGAGACGAUGGCCGCCGCACAGGCCAAGCGCGACGCGGCAGGCUCGACGGCGCCGGCGCCGGUCUUUGCAGAGGACGAUGAAAAUGUGUUGAGCAUUCACACGCUCAUGCUACUCGAGUCGCUGCACCGCACACUAACGCUGUACCUAUGGCUCGGUUUCCGCUUUCCUUUGGCCUUUUGUUUUCGCCAAGAUGCCGAGGCACGCAAGCGGCGCGCGGAGGCAUCGAUCCACUUUUGUCUCGAAGCGAUCCGCGUGCGCCGCGCGCAGCGCCUGACCCGACUAGGUCGCCGUGACGAAGCGCGCUCGCUGCUGCAGAAGCACCUGCCGCACAUGGGCCGUGCACCGCUGUCGCACUAG